GCCCAUCACAUUGAUGGAAGAAGAAGACGACUAAAUCAAAAAUGGCAGCGUCCGUGUUACGAUGGGGACUGUUAUCGAUGAGUGACUAGCUGUUUAAUGCAAUCUACAGAUACUAUUGUUUAUUAAGUACGUGUAUACCUAUUCAUUCUGAAGUCUUCAUGUUCAAGUAUCUGUGUUUACCAGUCCAGCUCAGCGGGUCCAUCCUCCGUCGCCUCUCCUCAUCAAAUGAAGGAAAACAAGGAGAACUCGACUCUGUCGGGUCAGGCUUUCCUGGACCACAUCAAGCCAUGCUGGUACUGGGAUAAAAAGGACUUGGCUCACACGCCCUCUCAGUCGGAGGGCCUGGACCCGGCCACCGAGGCCCGGUACCGGAGAGAGGGAGCCCGCUUCAUAUUUGACGUGGGAACACGACUAGGACUACACUAUGACACCUUGGCAACUGGAAUUAUAUAUUUCCACCGCUUCUACAUGUUUCACUCUUUUAAACAAUUCCCAAGAUACGUGACCGGAGCUUGCUGCCUCUUCCUGGCUGGGAAAGUGGAGGAGACUCCUAAGAAGUGUAAAGACAUCAUCAAGACAGCCCGCAGCCUCCUGAACGAUGUGCAGUUUGCCCAGUUCGGAGAUGACCCCAAGGAGGAGGUGAUGGUGUUGGAGAGAAUUCUUCUACAGACAAUUAAGUUUGACCUACAAGUGGAGCACCCUUACAUGUUUCUCCUGCGCUAUGCUAAGCAGCUCAAAGGUGAUAAAAACAAGGUACAGAAGCUGGUGCAGAUGGCCUGGACCUUCGUUAACGACAGCCUGUGCACCAUGCUGUCCCUGCAGUGGGAGCCAGAGAUCAUUGCGGUGGCCGUCAUGUACCUGGCUGGACGCCUCUGCAAGUUUGACAUUCAAGAGUGGACCUCCAAACAGUCGUCACGGCGAUGGUGGGAGCAGUUUGUUCAGGACGUUCCUGUGGAGCUUCUAGAAGACAUCUGCCAUCAGAUCCUGGACUUGUACUCCCAGGGCAAGCAGCCGAUCCCUCCACAGCUACAGGAGAAGGAGAGAGGCCCCCCCCUGCCCCCUGCGCCCCCCACACCACAGGGCCCUCCACCAGGCUCCAACCCUCCACCCCCACCACCCAAGAAAAACUCCCCCCAAGGCAGCCCUCCUCGUCAGCUCAAACGGCCACACGCGUCCCCUAAAGAGGAAGUGAAAGUGACAGAACAAGUUGGCGCCAAGAUCCCUCGUCUGGAGAGCCCUAUGCCCCCCUUGCCCACCACCCAACCACCUCCAGACCGCAAGGCCCCCCUUCCAGCCCCUCCAACUGAAGCAGAGCCUCCUGCAGUGAGUGAAUCUGCCCCCCCCCUGCCCCAGGCUCCUCCCCCCCACCAGCCCCCCCCCUUGCCCCACCGCCCCCCUCCUCCCCCCCCGCCCUCCAGUUACAUCAUGGGCAUGUCUACCUCCAGCUCCUACAUGUCCGGGGAGGGCUACCAGAGCCUCCAGUCCAUGAUGAAGACAGAGGGACCUUCCUAUGCACCCAUGCCCCCCAACUACGGACCCCCAAUGCCCUACCACCCACACGCCUACCCCCCACCCAACGCCCCGCCCCCCGGCCCUCCCCCACCUACAUCCUACAUGCCCCCUGCCCUCCCUCCCCACCCGUCCCCCUCCUACCCACCUCCAGGCUACAACCCCAGCUACCCGCACCCUCCUCCACGCAUGCCCCCAGGUCACGGCGUUCCCCCUCCAGGCAUGGGUAUGCCUCCAGCAGGGUACCCACCUCCCCCUGUGCCCCCUGGACAGGCCCUGCCACCGCCUCCUGGCAUGCCCAUGCCCAACCGUGGAUGGAUGAGAUGAAAGGAAGGAGGUGUGGUUUGAUCUUUCUGAGGGUCUGCCUCAGACACAGAAACGACUCCCAGAUGGGCUGGAAACCCGAGCGUCUGAAGACUAGAUCCUGUGGAAUCAAUUCUAUUCUUCAGAACAGAAAAUGAUUUUGUUCCACAUUCCAAACAUUUUUGUAUCAGAGGAGAGGACGCUUCAAGGGUGUUCGAUCUUUUGGUAUUUUGUCGUCAGUUGAAAUGUCACAUUCUUAAGAGCCAAAAAGUUUUGUUUGUUGCUGAACAGGCCGUUUUUCUUCUUUUGCUUUCAUUUGACCUUCUGAUGUAGUUUAGUGUUAUGACCUCAUGAUCAUGUCGGCAGAGAAAUAAUUAUUUUAACUCCUCCCAACCACCUUCAUUUAGUUAUGUUGAUAUGACUUCUACUGUACCAAAAGUUGGGAGUCAGUCUGCAGCAAAGUCCAUUUCAGAUGUGGGAUGGGGGGGGUUGGGCAGUGGAUGUUGUCUGAGGCUGCUUGCUAACACUGGACAAAUGGAGGUGUACUUGUACAUAUGUGAAAUCUCGACCGAUCUUUUUAGAGAGCUUAUAUCCGUACGUGCCUUAGCUAGGCUUUUCUGUAACAAGUGCACCUUGCUGCAUACACACUUGUUGUUGUGUCUAAUAGGCACUUGGGACAAUAAAAAAAAAAAAAAAAAUCCUACAUUGAACAGAGUUCCUGGAUUAUUAUUCAGUGUCG